AUGAUCACCUGUAUUUGCUCACAGGUGAAUGAGUCAGAUCCAAAUGAGCAGCACUAUAGAGAUUAUGUGCUGGAUUUCAUUGCAGAUUCUAGUGCCACAGGAGAAAGCUGUCUGUCUGAACUUGUCCCAUUUCAAGGGUGUGUUAUACCCCCCCUAACUCCUCAGAGGGAUUUCUCUCCAGAGGACAGCGUGGUUCACUCCACGGAAACAGCCCAGGAUGGAGUUUCAUGGAGGGGCAUUGCAGAGUGUCAUGGGAGACCACUGGAAGACUCCAUGACCAUCAACAAACAGCUCCAGAAGAUUCUUCACAGGCGACAGCAAGAACUGGACUCCCUUGAGGAAAAAAACCUGCACCUCAAGCAGCUGGCGAGUCGAGCAAAGCACCUUGCCUCAGCUCUCGAAAGACUGAUGACAGUCAAAGAUGGAGAUGCUGGACAACCGGCAAUGCCACGCAGGGAAGACACCUCUCUGAGUCCCUGGAAGAGGCAGCGCCUGGAUGAAGGCUAUGAAACAGAGUCUUCUGACUCAGUGGAGGACCUGCUGAGGGACAUCAGCAUGCACUGCAAUGCUGUCCUGCUCAGCAGCUCUGCAGGAGCACUGCAGGAGUCAGAGACGAUACGCAUGUACGGUGCGUUCUCCAGCUUCCAGAUGUCCACACCAUACAACAGCACCGUGAAUGUUGAUGCACCAGAGGCAACAGAAGAUGUCUCAUCUUUCAGAACCUCCGUCAGAGAACACUGCACUAUUCGGACUCAGGUGUUUCCUCAUGGGCAUGCAUUUACAUCAAAGACCCUGCAGGGGGGGUACCGCUUCCGCUGGGUUCCGCACCACAGCUGAAAUCAGAGGCUGUUACAGGGGUUUUAGUAAUGAAGAUGCCAUAAAUCUGAAAAAGAAUGGAGAAAGGUCUGGGUGGGCAGCAGCUGUUAAUGCUUAAUUCCUAUUCUAUAGUGAUAUCUGUAAAUGAUUAAAUGAUCUCUUCCUCAGAUAGCUUGGAAGCUAAUCAGUCAAAAUCUUGGCGCUUUAAGGAAGCAAGACUGCCCUCUCUGCUAUUUACAUUCUGUUUUUUGUGUACACUACUCAGGAUCUGUUUAAUUUUGCCCUUUAUUGUGUUUUUUUUUUUUUACAAAACUGGAAAUAAAAAUGUUUUGCUUUAA